ACCAAGUUCUGUUGUUAAAAAAUCGUUUCUUUCCAUAAAGAAGAAUAAGUAAACAUACCGCCUUUCAGUUUCUUAAACAAAAAAAAAAAAAAAAACACCACAAGAAAAAAGAAAAAAUCAAGAACAUAUGGGGGAAGAGGGGUAUGAAGAAGGAGUGAAUUUGGAGUUCACUCCGACAUGGAUCGUGGCCGGAAUCUGCAGCGUCAUCGUCGGGGUAUCUCUCGGAGUGGAACGGCUUCUCCAUUUCACCGGCACAUACUUCAAGCGCAAGAAACAGAAGCCUCUCCACGAAGCCCUUCAAAAAGUGAAAGAAGAGCUGAUGCUGAUGGGUUUCAUAUCGCUGCUGCUGACGGUGUCUCAGAACUUGGUGGUUCGGUUCUGCGUUAAGGAGGAUUUGUUAACCACAAUGCUUCCUUGCCCCCUCGAUCUGGAGCAACAAGGUGGAAGAUUACCACCACAUCAUGGUGAAACAGCAGAGCACUCAAAGAUGGAGGCCUUUCCAACCAAGGCUAUGGUCAGGGGACUCGCCCGACGACUUCUAGCUGAAGCAGCAGAAUCCGAGUCUGUCUCCAAAACUGGAUACUGUGCUAGAAAGGGGAAGGUGCCAAUGUUAUCACUAGAGGCCAUACAUCAUCUGCAUAUCUUCAUCUUCGUGCUAGCAAUUGUUCAUGUCACUUUCUGCGCUCUCACUGUCAUGUUUGGAGGGGCAAGGAUUCGUCAGUGGCAUCAAUGGGAAAUCAAGAUCGAGAAAGACCAUUACGAUGCAGAACAAGCACUGCAAAAGAAGUUCACCCAUGUACGAGAACAUUCCUUUAUCAGGGACAACUUCUUGGGCAUCGGUAAAGAUUCGGAAGCAUUGACCUGGGUGCAUGCCUUUCUGAAGCAAUUCUAUGCAUCUGUUACCAGGACCGACUACCUAACUUUACGGCUGGGUUUCAUCAUGACGCACUGCAGAGGGAACCCUAAGUUUAAUUUUCACCGGUAUAUGAUGCGUGCACUUGAAGAUGACUUCAAGAGAGUUGUUGGAAUAAGGCAGCUGGUAUCUCUGGAUCUUUGUGGUGUUCUUCUUGUUGCUGAAUGUCAAUGGGUGGCAUGCAUACUUCUGGAUAGCAUUCAUUCCUUUCAUUUUUUGCAGCUUUUACUCGCCUUGGGGACCAAAUUGGAGCAUGUCAUCUCCCAGUUGGCGCAUGAGGUUGCUGAGAAGCACAUAGCCAUUGAAGGGGCCUUGGUCGUUCAACCAUCAGACCAUCAUUUCUGGUUCAACAAGCCGGAUAUAGUCCUUUACUUGAUUCACUUCAUCUUGUUUCAGAACUCUUUUGAGAUUGCGUUCUUCUUCUGGAUAUGGAUUCAAUAUGGCUUCAACUCCUGCAUCAUGGGGCAAGUUAGAUACAUUGUCCCAAGGGUACUAAUAGGGAUAUUCAUCCAAGUUCUCUGCAGUUACAGCACCCUGCCACUAUAUGCCAUUGUCACGCAGAUGGGGACGACGUUCAAGAAGGCAAUAUUCGACGAGCAUAUACAGGCUAGCCUCGUCGAUUGGGCUGCCAGGGUGAAGAGAAAGAAAGAGAAGCAGGCAAUGGAAGAUCAAGCACCUGCCGACGAAGGAGGAAGUACUCCUCCUAAUUCCAAGCUAAGCAAGCUGAAAGGGCUGCUGUCGCCCCAUGAAGUGUGCUCCAAAGGAGCAGCAACUCCACCUGGCCAUGAUAGACCUGAGAAUAGUGCAGCUGCAGGUGAGACAUCUGCUGCUGCUGCUGCUGCUUUUGAAGAGAUUCAGCUUUCACCUAGUGAUGGGAUAAAGAAGUAGAUUUGCGACAUAGCUAGAUAGACAAUAGAUUUUGUUAUUUUUCAGUUGGAGAGUGAAUGGCAAUUUUGGAGCAUCAUGUAUGAUGUAAAGCAGGAUCUGCGAUUGUUGGAUAUAAACAGGACAAACAUGGAGUCAUAAUAAGCACAGGUUUAUUCA